AAUAAUGACUACACUUGUUCCCUCUGUGCUUGCGGCAGGUGUUGUUUUAUUUUUGGCUCGAAAUCGCCCCACCAUUUCCUCACUCAUCACAAUUUAGAUUGCGGUUCCAAUAAUUGUUCUGCCAGUCUCUCAGGUGAUGACGACACAGCACUAACUGAAGAGCAGAUUAAAUUGCUGAAGAAUGCAUUCAACGCCUUUGACCAGGAACAGAAGGGUAGUAUCUCUGUGGAGAUGGUAGGGACCAUCCUGGAGAUGCUGGGCUGGAGCAUGUCUCCGUCGGAGCUUAAGGAAAUAGUGGACGAGGUUGACGCAGAUGGAUCGGGAUGGUUGGAAUUUGAUGAGUUUUGCAUCCUUGCAUCAAGGUUCCUGACUGAAGAUGAAACGGGGAAUGACUGUGAAGAAGAACUAAGAGAAGCUUUCAGAUUAUAUGACAAAGAAGGACAAGGGUACAUAACGACAGAUGUAUUGAAGGAGAUAUUCAGAGAGUUAGACCACAGCAUCACAGAAGAUGAUUUGGAGAACAUGAUUGAAGAGAUCGAUGCAGACGGAUCGGGUACUGUAGACUUUGAAGAAUUCAUGGAAGUCAUGACUGGAGAAUAAUGAGGAUACUGUUGAGAGAUGCCAACCAAAACCACCCGGUUCUCAAAUUUGCUGUCAAUUAAAGUGUACAUAUGAUAUAAGAAAUAAAUGUAACUGUGAUGGAA